AAUUAAUGGAAACUAAGUGUAAAAGAAAUGGUUGUAAAAAACCUUACAAUGAAAAUGAAAAUAAUGAUCAAGCAUGCAAACAUCAUCCUGGAAAACCUAUUUUUUCAGAUCUCAAAAAAGGUUGGACAUGUUGUAACAAGAUUGUAUAUGAUUGGGAUGAAUUUACUAAAAUAGAACCAUGUGCUGUUGGUAGACAUACUAAUAUUGAUGUCAAUCAAGGUGGUGAAUUUUAUUAAUCAAAAACAGUUGAAAAUGCAUAAAAAGGUAUUAAUGUAAUUUCUAGAAUAUUAGGAAUUGAUAACUUUGCAACUAAUGCUCCAUAACCUGUUAGAAAAAUAGAUGAUUAUAAUAAAGAAGAAGCUGAAAAGAAGAAAUUAUUAGAAUAAUAAUAAGGUAUUAAUUUCUAUUUAUACUAUAUUAGCUAAAGUAUAAAAAUAAAUAUUUGUUACUCCAACAGGAAAAUAUAAAUGUACUAAUAAAGGAUGUUUGAAAGAAUAUGAUCCUAAUGAAAAUACUGAAUGCUUUUUUCAUCCAGGUGAACCUUGUUUCCAUGACCUUAAAAAAUUUUGGACUUGUUGUAAAGUAGUUUCAUUCAUUUAUUUCAAAAGGUUGAAAAAUAUGAUUGGGAUGAAUUUAUGAAAAUACCAACUUGUGCUAAAGGGUCACAUACACCUAAAGUAGUUUGAAAAUCAAUAUUAAAUUAUCAUCAU